AUGAGUGGUCCAUAUAGAGGUUCCCGAUGGGCCUCACAAGACGGUAAGCCGCUAGCCAACGGUCGAUUAGGCGCAGAGCUGUCGCCGCCUCGCGGGCUGCACGCUCGGCUUCCGUCAUACGAGGAUCAGCAGGGCCAUGCGCAGCAGGCUCAGGUGCAGCAGGCUCCGGCGCAGCAGCUGGUAUACUGGGAGCAGCAGCAGCAGCAGCAGCAGCAGCAACAGCAGCAACAGCAGCAGCGGCAGCAGCAGGGUCAGCAGCAAUGGCAGGAGCCGCCGUUGCGGAUGCCGCCAGCGCCGGUGCCGUACGGCCAGCGGCAGCACCAGCAGCUGCAGCAGCAGCCGCCGCCUCGGUCGGGCCUGAGCGCUCGACCGCGUGCGACAGCCAGUUCGUCGUACGAGCAACGGCCGUCGUACGAGCAGCGGCCGUCGUACGAUCACCGACCGCCGUACGAUCACCGUGCGUCGUUCGAUCAACGGCAGUCGUACGAACGAAGGCCGUUAUCCGCAUCUCCCGGUAUCGCCGCGGUUCGCUCGUACAGCACGGACGCUCCCCCGGAUUUUAUCAAUCCGCGACCGCUUUCGGCAGCAGCAGGCGUGCCACGUGGCCGCAGUGUGAGCGACGACGAUAGGUACAGCGGAGACGACGCGACGUCAGGUCGACCAAUGGUUGACCGACCCGCGGAAGGUCGACAGACCGGCCCUUCAUCCGGUUAUCCCGCAAACCCUUAUCAGGCCCCUCAUCAGGCCCCUUACCAGGCUCCUUAUCAGGCGCCUUAUCAGGUGCCUUAUCAGCCGCCGCAGCUGCCGUACCAUCACCCGCAGCUUAGUCCUCACGGCGGCGAUAUCGCGUCGAAGAAACCUAUCAGUCCGCGACAGGGGAGGAGCCCUAGUAGAGCCCUUAGCCCGCUCGCAGCUGCCGCGUUCGGCAUGCGAGGGGGUUACGGCGCGCCGGGGAGGGGGAAUGAGGAGUUCGUGUACGGGGAAGACGAGGAGGGGGAGGAGGAGGAAGGCCGCGAGCGGAGCUUGCGCGCGGGGAUACUGAGAGGCGCAGCGGCGCUGAGAGAGCGGCAGGCGGGAUCGUCGGACGACGGCGCGAGCACCUCCCCCACGUCGAUUGGCUCCCCCGGAGUUCUGCCGGGGGGGGGUGCGGGAUGGAGCGGAGCGGGCGGCGGAGGAUUAGGCGGCGGGGGCGGAGGAUCAGAGCCGUCGAAUCGCGCGGCUUCCCCCCAGUCCCCGUCCAGCGCGCGCAGACGGGAGGCGGGAGGGGCGGGCGCGCCUGGCGCGGGCGGAGGGAGGCUAGAGGGGGUAGGUAGGCACACAUUCGCAGGGGGUAGCACAGGCGGCGAUGCUGCAGUGGAAGGCGGGUAUUCCCGAGAGGCCAACCUCACUCUCCCUGGCAAGCGAACCGACGCCUCUUCCGAGCCUAGGUUCAGAGGUGUCUCGCGGCUAGGCUCGGUGGCUUCUGCCGAAGCAGCAGCUGCGGCAAUCGCGGAGGCGGACGCUGCAGCAGUGGCGCAGGCGGGGAAAGCGGGGUGGGAGCCGCCUCUCAGCCCCACAGGGGUCCCUGCCAUCCCCCCGGAGGGCCGUCUGAGCAGCGAGGGAGACGUUUUUCUUGAGUAUCUGCGCAAGGCGGGGGAGGGGAGGGCAGCUGCGCAGUAUGACGUGGCUGUGUGCUACGGAGGGGGCUUUGGCGUGAAGCAGGAUAAGUUUCUCGCCGCGUACUGGUUCAGAAAGGCGGCAGAGCAGGGAUUGGCCCGCGCACAGUAUGCCCUAGCAGAGUGCUAUGAGACAGGUGCGGGCGUGGAGAGAGACGAAGAGGAGGCGUUCCGGUGGUUCUUCCGGGCGGCAAGCUUCGGCAGCGGGAAGUAUUUGGUGAAGCUGGGGCUGUGCUUUGAGCGGGGGUUCGGAGUGACGGAGUGUCCUGUAGCGGCGCUGUACUGGUACCAUAAAGCGGCGGAGCAGGGGCCGAAAUUCGCAGCGCAGGUGGAGAAGCGCAUGGAGGUGCUGCAGAGGCAGAGGGAGGAGGAGAUCAUGAGUGCGCGUGGGGAGGGCGUGCCGGUGGAGUGCAUCUGCCCGCUGACAGGGAGGAUGAUGGAGGACCCGGUGGAGCUGCCAGAGACGGGCGUGUGCUGUGAGCGUGUGCAGGUGAAGACGUUCUGGGACCACUGCGAACUAAGAUGCCCCGUUACCAACCAGCCUCUCAAGGUGAAGGACAUGAAGACAAAUCUAUCCAUCCGACGCCGAGUCACUGAGUGGAAGCGCAAGCGGCAGGCGGAGCAGGAGGCUCUACAGGGGCCAAUGGGGCCGCGGGCGUCCACCUGCCAAGCAGUUGCUAGUGACGAGUGGGGGCCGGGUGGGGGAGACGAUGGGGAGCACGGCAGGGCUUAUGGGCCUCACCAGGAGGAGGAGGACGAGGAGGAGGAGGAGGACGGGGAGGAGGAAGGGUUGGAGGGUGUGGGAGGGAUCGCGGUGGGCAAGGUUGGGCUGGGGAGUGUGGGAGGGAAGGGGAGGGGAAGAGGUGGAGAGAGGGAGGGAGAGAGGAGGAAGAGCCGAUUUUCCAGGGAUUUAUCGGAGGAAGGGGAGAGGAGUGGGGCGAGUGAGAGUGAGGGGGAGGACGAGGAGGACGUUGGUGGGAGGUCGAGAGGGGUAGGUGGCGGGGAUAAGCGGGGGGAUGCAAGGGAUGGUGUUGGAGGGGGGAGGAGGAGGGGGGAGAGGAGGGAUAGGCACAGUGAUAGUGAUUCGGGUUCGUCGUAUGCUAGUGAUGAGGAUUAUGACGAUGAUUACGAUGAUGGGGAGGAGCGGAAGCACAGGCACAGGAAGAAAACGUAUGAUGAUGAUGAUGGGUCUGUGGAAGAUAAAUAUGAUGAUGAGGAUUAUACUUCUAGUGAGUACGACAGAAGCGAGGAUAGAUCGACAGACAGUGAAGGGUACAGGGAGGGGAGCAGGGAGGGGAGCAGGGAGAGGAGCAAGAAGGGGAGCAACCGUAGGAGUAGUCCUAGAAAAGGGUCAGGGAGGGGGCAAGGCAGCAGCAGCAGGGGGGGGAGGAGGGAUGAAGAUGGGUCGGACUAUAGUGACAGUGACUACAGCCGUAGUGACUCUGACGAGGGGGAAGGCGAUGAGGGGGGCAGAGGUGGCAGGGGCAGGUCCAGUCGAGUGGCGGACAGGAGCCGAGAGACAAGCUUCAAGUCAAGAGAGGGAGACAGCGAGGAGGGAGAGGAUGGGGAGGAGGGAGAGGUGGCGGUGGGGCGGGCGUUGGCGCAUGAUUCGUCCCGCGACCGGUCUCACAGCUACAGCCGAGGCUCCUCCUCCCGGGCGUACAGUGAGAGCGUGCCAUCUGAACCGUCCAUGCGCCGAGAUGCGUCUCUGGAUGAGCCUGCGAGGGUAAAGGUGUCCAUGCCUCGGGGUGGGUCCGUUGGUGGGUCUGUUAGAGGGGAGGGUGCUGUUAGGAAAGAAGGGUACUUGUCUGGUGAGGAGGAGGGAGACGGAGGAGUGGGGCUUGGAGUGAGAAAGGGCGAGGAGGAAGAGGGUGAUGAGAGGGAAUGGACGGGGGAGGAGGGGAAAGGGAGUGUGGGCGGAGUGGGAGUGGGUGAGGUGGAGGGUGAGGGGUUGGGAAUUGGUCGGGUUGAGACGGGGGAGACAGCAGAAGGGUUGGAGGAGGAGGGGUUGGAGGAGGAGGAGGAGGAGGAGGAGGGGGAGGAGGAGGAGGAGGAGGGGGAGAAGAGGGAUCCGACGGAGCUGCUGCUGGAGGAGCUGGCUCAGGCCGAGCUGGACUAUGGCUUCCCGGGGGCUAAUGUGAGUCCGCGCACGGUGAGUCGGUGGAACAGCACGCGCGAGGACAGCCUGCAGGCCGUCAAGAGCGUCGUGGCGGAGGCGGAGCCAGUGAUCGACUGUGGGCCGCGGUGGGCGCUGGCACGAUACCUCGAGGUGCUCGAGAAGCUGCUGCUCGUGCAGCGGGAAGCUGCACAGAACCUUCUGGGGUCAUGCGCGGGCGGCACGGGCGGUUCGGGCAGGGGAGCGGGCGAAGGCGAGGGGGAGGUGUGGGAGGCGGUGGAGGCAUUGGAGGGGCUGUGUGCACGCGGCGUGCAGCAGCUGCUGGAUGACUUCAGGGCCGCGCUGCUCGCCUGCAGCCACCCCCUGGACACAGCAGAGCAGCACGAGGCAGCAGCAGCGCCAUCUGCCGUUGCAACCCGCCACUCACCUCCCACUUCCACCGCUCCCACAUCCGCAACAUUCUCCCCCCCUGUACACAGCAGAGCUCCAGGAGGCAGGCGCAGCAUGCAUCCAUGCCGUUGCAACCAGGCACCCACCUCCCACUUCCACCUCUCCCCACAUGCCCAACACGUCGCUCCCCCCUGUCCUCUCUCCCACUACAGCCAGCCCCUGGACACGGCAGAGCUACACGAGGCAGCAGCAGCAGCAGCAGCCCACUCGUCCCGCGCCUCCUCCUCCGCCCACCAGGUCCCCGCGCACGCGCCCCCCUCCUCCUCCCCCUCCACCUCCGCCUCCCCCACCCCCGCCAUCACCGCCAUCUCCUCUAAGUCUGGCCCGCUUCCCAUCUCCGGUGCUAAGCCUAAGGGGCAUGCGCACAAGGGGGGUGGGGGGUCUGCGCGGGAAGGUGGGGGUGAUGGGAGUAGGCACUCCGCCCCCUUCCCCUCGCCCGCUGAUAGUCACGGUUCUGCUGGUGCUGGUACUGGUACUGCUGGUGCUGGUGGUGGUGCUGGUGGUGGUGCUGGUGGUGAGGGGACAGGGUCGUUGGCUGGUGAUACUGGUUCUGCAACAGGAACCGGGACAGGGAGCCAUAUUCGGAGGAGUGGGAGUGGGAGUGGGAGCAGGGGGGGGAGUGGGAAGGAGAAAGGGAGGGAGAGGGAGGGGAGGCUGAUGAGGAGGCCCACUAAAUGGGUGGGGGCGGACAAAGCAGCGGUGGGGCUGCGGCAGGUGGUGCAGGUGCUGGCGAGAGCGGGCCACUUCGACCGCUGCUUUGACAUUUACCGGUCGGUGCGAGAGGACUGUGUGCGCGAGACGAUAAAGGCAUUAGAGGUGGAGCCUAUAAGGGGUACGGCGCACGUGAACCAGCUGCCGUGGCAGCAGCUGCAGCACACCAUGACGGACUGGCUGCGCGACUGCCGCCUCCUGCUGCGCACGAUAAUGGAGGAGGAAUUCUCCCUUGCCACUUCCAUCUUCGGCAUACUCCACUCCACCGCACAGAACCGCACUGCCAGCCGCCGGGAACCCUCCCAACUUCUUCAAACCCCUUCCUCCUCCUCCACCACAGCCACCAACACAACCUUUUCAAACUCUCGCCUCCCCAGCCACCGAUCCUCCAGCAUCCGAACCACAGCCAGCAAGUCUGGGAGGUCCGGGAGCACCCGGACUUUGAGGCUCGGUGACGAGGCUGCGGCAGACUCAGGGAGGGCGAUCUCCCUGAAGAUAUUGCGGCAGGCGGGGAUGCCUCGCACGCUGUCGACGCUCAUGCACAACGCCAACACACUCACGGCUGCACAGGCCACGCCUGAGCGGCUGUUCCUGCUGCUCGACAUGGCUGCUGCUGUGGACGAACUCAUGCCGCAGGUGGAGCGGCUGGUGUGCUGGUCGGACAGCGAGGGGCUGCUGGCGGAGUGGCGGGGGCUGACACGUGGCGUGGCCAAGGCCGUCCUGGGCACGUUUGAUGCGCUCACCGCCACGCUGCAGGUGCCCGUGGAGCAGCCACGGCGCAACAAGUGGCGGUUGUUCCGAGGGGAGGGCAGCAGCAGUGGCAAGGAGGGCGGGGGAGGGGGCGGGUACCCACCGGGAUGGGGUGUGGAGAAGAGUGGAAGCGUGCAUGCCGUCACCAGCUAUGUGAUCAACUACAUUGCCACCUACCUGGGCAGGAGUGCCACGUCAUCACGGGCGUAUGGGUACGGCACGAUGCUGGAGAAGCUGCUGGAGACGCAUGGGCAGGGGCGCAGCAUGGAGGAGGAAACGAUGAAGGUGGUGGAUGCGUUGGUGCGGAACAUGGAGGCCAGGGCCGGCACGUGCAACAACCCGCUGCUCAGGUCCCUCUUCCUUGUUAACAACAUCCUCUACAUCAACCGGUUGAGUGAAAAGAUUCACCUGCCCCUGGCGAAUCAGAAGCUGCUUGAGGCCCAAUCAAAGGCCUUCAGGGAGGCUGGGCUGCAGAAGGUGACGGCAUCGUUGGGCGGGCGAGUGAGGAGUGCCACCAUGGAGCCCAGUGAAGUCAACAGGCGCUUGCACCGUUUCAACAUUGCAUUUGAGGACCUGGCGUUGGAGCAGAAGGACUGGGUGAUAUGCGAUGGUGCUUGGCGCAAGACCACGGUGCACGAGUGGGCGGCACACCUCAAGCACAUCUACGAGGAGUUUCUUGAGCCCCACAGUGACUGCCUGAGCACGCUCUCCUCGUACCACUGGGAGGCACACGCCAUUCGGGAUAGACUAGAACACCCUCCCUGA